UUAUUCCAUAUUUUCUAUGUUUUCUUCUCGCUUUUCUAACAUUGUCUAUGAUCCAACCGCCGAAUAUUAUGCGUAGGCCCAUUUGCUCUUUUUAACAAAAGAAUAAUGCAUCCACGACUAUGGUGGGGGAAAACUACGUGCAAUGCAGAUUGUGAUUCGCUGUGAAAAAGAGAGAGAAAACAUUGAAAAGACUCGAACUUUCGGUUGGCAUUUCCCAUAAAACUAUUGACCCAGUUCUUGGCUCGGCUUGGCGACUUCGAGAGAUUGAUCGAUCGAUCGAUCGAUCGAUCAGUUUCAUUCCUGGCUCUUGUUUCGGAGAAUUCCCAGAGCUGUUCCAUUGAGUUUCCAUCGCAUGAGCAGUUGCUGCAGGAGCAAUCCGGGACUGAGCCUAUUAAUUUGUUUUUGGGAAGAUUGGACAUUAUUCUGUUACUCGUUAAGUUCUAUUUUUGAAGUCGCUUGAAUUUUUCUGGGCAUGGCUGCUGAAGAAGUCUCUUAUGUUAAACUGGAGAAGAUAACCCAGGGAUUUGCAGAGGCUUUGUCAUCAGCAGUUCUUGAAUGGCUUCUCAUUUUUGUGCUCUUCAUAAAUGCCCUUUUCUCGUACUUGAUUACAAAAUUCGCUUGUUAUUGCGGGUUGCAAACACCUUGUCUUUUGUGCUCUAGACUCGAUCAUGUUCUAGGUGAUAAAAAGGUAGGAUUUUAUUGGGACAUGAUUUGCGGCAACCACAAGUCGGAGAUCUCAUCCUUGGUUCUCUGCCACGCUCACAAUAAACUCGCUGAUGUUCAUGGGAUGUGUGAGAAUUGCCUUUUCUCCUUUGCUACAAUUAACAAGUCAAAUGCUGAAACAUACAGAUUGCUGGUGGGUAAAUUGGGAGAGGAUUCUGAGGAUCAUAAUCUAUGUAGUUCAAGCAGAACGCAUUGCACGUGCUGUAAUGAACCAUGGAUUUCUAGAGGUUAUGCCCAAAAAUUGGUGCUCACGAAAUCAAGUGGCUGUGAGUUUGUGGAUCUAGAUGUUCCUUUAUCAGGCGUUGUUGGAUCCUAUCAGUAUAGCCUGAAGAAGAAUGACGAUAGAACAUUACAAGAAGUUCCUCUCCAAAAAGAUCGUGGACUAGAUUUGUUGUCUCAUGUAGGAUACACCAAGCUCAAAAUUACUUCUGAUACCGAGUCAGAUGUCCUGUUUUCAGAUGACGAUGAAACAGCCAUUCAGCAUCCUAAAGGAUUGUGUCUCAAAGAAGAAUCUGCAACUGAUUGUGCUCCAAUCGAGCCUCCAAUUGUGGUACUAGGUGAUGAUGCGAAUUCAGAUAAACUUAUAGAUCCAGCUUCGUUGAAUGAGUGUUCUCCAGCUUCCCAAGUGCAGUUAGAUGUUGUUGAGGCUCCUGGUGGGAAUUCUGUUGCAUCUACAGCUGAACAUGGCUUGGGUGAAAUUAAUUGCCAGGGUUCUGAUAAUUCUGAUACCAAAGCCGCUUCAGCUGCUCUACCUGAACUUAUUUCCUUCGAUGAAAUUCCUUCUGCAGCAAAUGACACCAGCACUUCUGAGGGAGUACUAACAGAGAGCUGUGUUAUGGGAGUUGAUGAAGAUGAGAGAACAGCGGCAACAUCUUCUGACGGAGUUAUUAAGGAAGAGACUUACCCAAUUGCAGCAGUUGACAAAGCCGAAACAAAUACUGUGUGUACUGACCAUUUUGCACAAGCGCCAAAUUUUUUGGAUCUUGGCGAUGCCUAUAAGAUAGCUGUAGGCAACAGGGGAAGGCAGUUGUCCGGUGUGCUUGCUGAGCAGUGGCUAGCCAAGGAUUGUUCCAGAGUUAGUGAAGACUUGAAGAACUUGUUCUCACAGUUAUCUGCUACUCGAGGGUUUGAGCAAUCUGGAAAUGAUAUGAGUCCAAAAGUGUCUGCUCAUAGUGAUGAAUUUAGAGCAUCUGAUGCUCCUAACUCAACUGCAUUUCAGGUCCCUCAAAAGAAAAUCUCACUCGAGAGAAAUGAGUCUGGUCUUGAGUCUUUAGAUGGGAGCAUAGUCAGUGAGAUUGAAGGUGAAAGUGUAAUUGACAGAUUGAAACGUCAGAUUGAGCAUGAUAGAAAAUCUAUGAGUGCCUUGUAUAAGGAGUUGGAGGAAGAAAGAAAUGCCUCUGCAAUCGCUACAAAUCAAGCCAUGGCCAUGAUUACUAGAUUGCAGGAGGAGAAGGCAACACUCCACAUGGAAGCAUUACAGUAUCUUAGAAUGAUGGAAGAGCAGGCUGAAUAUGACAUGGAAGCUCUGCAAAAGUCGAACGACCUACUUGCAGAUAGGGAGAAGGACAUGCAAGAUCUUGAAGCAGAGCUUGAAUUCUACAGGGAUAAGUACUCGAAUGAACCACUGUCUGAGAAUACUAUGGAGUCGGUUCAUUUAGAGGCCAGCAGUCGCGAAGUUACUGAAAAAGCCAAGGGAAAUGAAAUUUCUGUAGAAAAGAGUGGCCAUGAUAAAGUUGACCACGCUGAUAGGGUCAUUGGGGAAACCAGAACAAUUGCAUUUACAGAAUCUGCGGUCGAGAUUGAAAAAGAAAAAUUACGCAUUUUGCAGUUUCUGAAGAAGUUGGAGCAAAAACUUGGCCUGUCUCCUAAGGACAGCAAAAAUUUUGAGGUGGCUAAUGGUGGAUAUUCUGAAAUCAAAGGUGGUGAGGUAUGUGACUCAGAGGAGCUAGACUGCAGAGCAGAGAAUUCUGAAAGCGGUGUUGCAGAAGAUAGUCGUAUAUCUGUGCCAAAUGAUGUUUCUCAAUCAAAAGGUAGUUUAAGUUCCCAGGAAGGACAGGGUGCCAUGAUGGAGAAUCCAUUAUUAUUGAGCAAGAAAGAUAAGGAUUUUGUUUCCAACGAGCAAACUUCUGUAUCGCUUUCUGAAGGGGAUGAGUUGGUUUCUCUUAGAAACGAGGUCCACUCUUUGUAUGAGAGGUUGGAAGCAUUAGAGGCAGAUCGUUGUUUUCUUGAGCGUACAAUUAAGUACCUCAGAAUUGGAGAUGAGGGGCUUCAAUUCAUUCAUGAUAUCGCUUCUCAGUUGCAAGAAUUACGGAGAGUUGGGACAGGAAGUAAUGAAGCUGUCCCUUGAGAAUUGAUGCUGAUGGGUUGUAAAGAUGUAAGUGAAAGUAGAAUUCUGAUGACCUUAGAAGCACAAAUAUACUAUGGUCAUAGGCUGGGGAGAAACGUGUAUACAGAUUCACAGAAUGUCCAUUCACAGCAUUGCUCAAUGCAAACGAUCUCUACACCGGACAUUGGGUUGUUCUCUUAGAUCCCCUCUCUUUUUGGCUGCUUGUUUGCAUUUUCCCUGAUAGUAUAUGAAGAAUGGUGAGAGUUUGCUUAGUUGAACCAGAGUUUGAAGAUUUUUUGCUUUUCCAUCACAGAAAGAAGAGUUUUGAGUGAUUAAGUUGUACAAGGGUUGAUUUGCUAUGUAGAUGCAAUAAUACGAUUCAUAUACUAGUUGACGUCGAAAAGUCAACUAGUAUUUUGUA